GGUACGCAAUUAUAAUAAAGGCUAUGUUGAAAUAUAUAUAUGUAAGUGGUUCAAAUGCUGUAAACCCCCAUGUAGAAGUACUAUUCAAUCCUUCGGGAAAAGAUGAAUUAACUGCCAUUAUUAAAUUAAUUGUUUUUGACUAC